AUGCUGUUUAAUUUGAGGAUCCUGCUGAACAAGGCAGCUCUUAGAAACGGUCACAGUUUCGCGGUUCGAAAUUAUCGAUGUGGACAACCACUACAAAAUAAAGUACAGCUAAAGGGUCGUGACCUCCUCACUCUAAAGAACUUUACAGGAGAAGAGAUUAAGUAUAUGCUAUGGCUAUCAGCAGAUCUGAAAUACAGGAUAAAACAGAAAGGAGAGUAUUUGCCUUUACUGCAAGGAAAGUCCUUAGGCAUGAUUUUUGAAAAAAGAAGUACUCGAACAAGAUUGUCCACAGAAACAGGCUUUGCACUUCUGGGAGGACACCCUUGUUUUCUUACCACACAAGAUAUUCAUUUGGGUGUGAAUGAAAGUCUCAUGGACACAGCACGUGUGUUGUCUAGCAUGACAGAUGCAGUGUUGGCGCGAGUGUAUAAACAAUCAGAUCUGGACAUCCUGGCUAAAGAAGCAUCCAUCCCAAUCGUCAAUGGGCUGUCAGAUUUGUACCAUCCUAUCCAGAUCCUGGCUGAUUACCUCACUCUCCAGGAACACUACGGCUCUCUGAAAGGCCUUACCCUCAGCUGGAUUGGGGAUGGGAAUAACAUCCUGCACUCCAUCAUGAUGAGUGCAGCGAAAUUCGGGAUGCACCUUCAGGUGGCUACUCCAAAGGGUUAUGAGCCUGAUCCCAGCAUAACCAAGUUGGCAGAGCAGUAUACCAAGGAGAAUGGUACCAAGCUGUCACUGAUGAACGAUCCAUUGGAAGCGGCUCGUGGAGGCAAUGUAUUAAUUACAGACACUUGGAUAAGUAUGGGGCAAGAAGAGGAGAAGAAAAAGCGGCUCCAGGCUUUCCAGGGUUACCAGGUUACAAUGAAGAUGGCUAAAGUUGCUGCUUCAGACUGGACAUUUUUACACUGCUUGCCCAGAAAGCCAGAAGAAGUGGACGAUGAAGUGUUUUAUUCUCCACGAUCACUUGUAUUCCCAGAGGCCGAAAACAGAAAGUGGACAAUCAUGGCUGUCAUGGUGUCCCUGCUGACAGAUUACUCGCCUCAGCUCCAGAAGCUGAAGUUUUAA